AUGGUGAUCCCGAUGGAGUAUGCCUCGGGCCACACUCUGCGAGCUGCCCUCGUGGCCGCGGGGAGCGCGGCGAGGCCGGCGGCCCUCCGAAAGCGGAAGGGCGACCCCGACGGCGCGACCUCUGCUUGUCCUCUGCGGCUCGCCUCGCGGGGCGCCGGGCCGCGCACCGGCCGCCCGGGCGCGAGGGCGGGCGAGGGCGCGAAGGCGGCCGCGGCGGCGGCAGGGGCGCUGGCAGGGGCCGCGGCCGCGGGCGCGGCGGGCGCGACGAGCGCGAGCGGAAGACGGGCCAGCCGGGCGGCCUGGUGUCAGGUGCAAUCCGGCGAGACAACCGUACAAUGUACGCGUACGGCAAUUACGACCAUUACUACAAGCACCGCCAGGACAGGUUCGCGACGGUCGACCCGCGCAUCGACCAGCUCAUGCGCAUCAAGGGGGCCUCCAUAUUCUCGUCCAAGACUGUGCUUGACAUGG